GGCACACAGCAUGACCUUUAACCCUCAGGUCACCUUUCACCUCUUUGCUGCUCCAGACGAACGCUUGCAGUUGCAGGAUCAAGAGUAUUGUGUGGAGGUAAAAAAUCAACACUAGAAGCAGGCAUGGCAGAGGCAGGAAAAGGGUCUCCUACUGGUGUUCCCAGGGAACUCUGUGAUGGUGUAGUUUCAUCUGACAGGGAUCCCGACAUAAUGGAAGACCAGGUGGCAACAGGCCAAGAUGGUUUGGGAUGUCAAUUAGAAGCUGAUGCUGGUGAAAAAUCGCAUGUGUGUGAGGAUUGUGGCUACAGGACACCCCGGAAGUCCCACUUAUUACAACAUAUGAGAAUUCAUACAGGGGAAAAACCCUACAUGUGUGACCAGUGUGACUAUUCUGCUAAACGGAAGCAACAUUUGGACAUCCAUCUCGCAAAUCACACCGGUGACAAACCCUUCAUGUGUGGGGAAUGUGGUUACAGGACAACUCAAAAGUGUGACUUAUCCAAACAUAUGAGAACCCAUACUGGUGAAAAACCCUAUAAAUGUGACCAGUGUGAUUAUUCUGCUGCACAAAAAAGCACAUUGGACCAGCAUCUAGCAAAACACAGCGGUGAGAAACCCUACAUGUGUAAGGAAUGUGGGUACAGAACAGCUGAUAGAUGUUACCUAUACAGACAUAAGAAAAUUCAUAAUGGUGACAAGCCCUACAUGUGUGGGGAAUGUGGGUACAGGACGACUCAAAUGUCUACCUUAUCCAAACAUAUGAGAAUUCAUACCGGUGAAAAACCCUACAAGUGUGACCAGUGUGACUAUUCUGCUGCACAGAAAUCUGCAUUUUACAGACAUCAAGCAAAACACAGUGGUGACAAACCCUACAUGUGCGGGGAGUGUGGGUACAGGACAGUUACAAAGUAUGACCUAACUAAACAUAUGAGAACACAUACCGGUGAAAAACCUUACAAAUGUGACCAGUGUGAUUAUUCUGCUGCUGAUAAAUCCACGUUAAAUCGCCACCAAGCAAAACACACUUGAAGCUUGUGUGACGAUUGUGAGCACAGGACAACAGGAACGUCUCGCUUGUUCAUCGUACAUUUGAGAACCUAAACGUACCCGAGAGCGAAACCUGUGUAAAAGUAAAUAGUAUAGAAGGCCAGCAGUUUGAUUUUAGGUGUUAUCCGCGUCCUCUAAGCUAAACACACACACUAAUGAGAAACAACAAUGUAUUAGAAUAGUGCAGGUAUAGGACAACAUUACACCAGAACUCCCUAGCUGAAUGUGUACGUUAUAGGGAAAUAUCAAUGUACGCACGCUUCUAAAUGUGUCCUACAGUAAUGUCUGAGAAGAAGCAACUUUACAGUUUUGAGAGUGCAUUUGUCUUGUUUAAGGUAAAUGUUUACUUGUGUAUAAUUCUUUGAAUAGAUGUUUUUGCAAUGUGUACGUGUUUCCUUCUGCAAAGCCUUUAUAAAAAAGUUACCCCCAUUCCACUGCAGACUGCAAUUGUGACUUGAAUUGUCUUCCUUCCCUACAAGAAAAUCCUGACAGAUGUGAUAAAAACUUAACUUUAUUUCUAUUAACAGUUUUGCUUAUAAAUUUAAAUAAUUGCAACCAAAUAACGUACAACAGAAAUAAUCUCGAGUACCUUAUUGAAUUGGAAGCGGCAUAUUAGUUUACAGCAAAGAUUCGUAGAACCAUAUAGCUUAUAAGAAAUGCUCUGAAUAUUAAGAAUGAGGAUAUUUGAAAAGUAGAUGAAGAUAAUUUCAUAAAACUAGCCGAGCAGCUUACCUAAUACCUGUAUCAUAGAAAAGUUUGAGCUUCAUUCAAUAAUACGUUAACAUUAUGUGCACUCUACGGUGCUUAUUUAAAAACUUGCAUGCAUUUACUAACAUAUACACCAUCUAUUAGUUUUUGUAUUGAUGUUUAUGCUAAAUCUGUGUUGAAAAUUUCAUAAAGUAUAAGGAUACUUGUGUAUUUAAGUUAACAUGCAAUGUAGUUUCUAUGAGUAAUAUAUAAUGUAGAUGUAUGUAAUUACGUGGGUAACAUGGCUAUGGAUUUCAGUUAAUUAAAGAUAUUCUCCUCUAUAGCAAGAGAAAUGUGAGGAUAUUAAAACGAGAUUAU